AUGGCUCCUUCCAAGUUGAUUGCCGCCGUGCUUGCUAGCUACCUCUCCGGGAUAGCCCUGGCAGCCCCUACUGUAACCACUAAUGUGGGCAAACCGUUUGUGAAGCGCGCCAGUAUUAAUGACGCCGCGACCGGUUACGCUAGUCAGAAUGGAGGCACUACUGGUGGCGCUGGUGGUACUACCACAACUGUAUCAUCAUACGCGGCCUUCACGUCGGCAGUGUCUGGAGAUGCCGCCAAGGUGGUGGUUGUCAGCGGCACCAUAACGAAAACUGCUGAUCAGGCCCGCGUGGGUAGCAACACCAGUAUCAUCGGCAAGAACUCGAAUGCGAAGCUUGUGAACUUUGGCAUUCUCGUCAAAGAAGAAUCCAACGUCAUCAUUCGCAAUCUAGGAAUCGAGAAGGUUCUGGCAGACAACGGAGAUGCCAUUGGAGUCCAAUACUCCAACAAUGUUUGGAUUGAUCACUGCGAUGUGUCCUCCGACAUGGAUCACGACAAGGAUUAUUAUGACGGCCUUAUCGACAUCACCCAUGCAGCUGACUAUGUCACGGUGUCCAACACGUUCCUCCAUGAUCACUGGAAAGCAUCCUUGAUCGGGCACUCAGACAGCAACGGUGAUGAGGAUACUGGCUAUCUGCAUGUUACUCAAAACAACAACUAUUGGUACAACAUCAAUUCCCGGACACCAUCGAUUCGAUUCGGCACGGGUCACUUCUACAACAGUUAUUUCGAGCAAGUGAACGACGGAAUCAAUACUCGCGAUGGUGCCCAAGUCCUUGUUGAAUCUAACACGUUCGUGGGUUGUGAUAAGCCUCUUUACUCGACUGACGCUGGCUAUGCUGUGGCAAAGGACAAUGACUUUGGUGACGGGGCGAACACUGCCGAAACUGGAACUCUGACCUCUGUCCCCUAUAGCUAUAGCCUGCUGGGAUCUGGAAAAGUUAAGAGCUCUGUCGUCGGUACUGCGGGUCAGACGCUGAGCUUUUAA